AUGAAUGAUUUGGAGUCAGCUGAUUAUGCUCGACCAAUACACGAAGAUAGUACGAUCGUUUCGUCGAAGAUUGAGCUAAUAAAAUCCUUGACUUCCCUUGCUACGCGAAAAGCAACUCAUUUAAGAUUCAUUAUUUUUCUUGUUUUUCACUCAUCCAUUUUGAUUUUCCUUCUUUGUUUCAUUCAUUUUCUCUCUCUUUCUCUUCUUUCUUUCUCUCUUGGAUUAUUCAGGUGUAUAAUUUUCACUGGUUCAUCUAUCUAUCUAUCUAUCUAUCUUAGCCUCUUCAUAUCUAUCUUAGCCUCUUCAUAUCUAUCUUUGCCUUUUCAUAUUAUCUAUCUAUCUAUCUAUCUAUCUAUCUUAGUCUCUUUAUAUCUAUCUUGGCCUGUUCAUAAUAUCUAUCUAUCUAUCUAUCUAUCUAUCUAUCUAUCUAUCUAUCUAUCUAUCUUAUCUCUUCAUAUCUAUCUUGUCCUGUUCAUAAUAUCUAUCUAUCUAUCUAUCUAUCUAUCUAUCUAUCUAUCUAUCUAUCGUCUAUGCUUGUUUGUUGCUUUCAUAACUUGCCGUAUUGUUUUUUUUUACUUCAUUUGUUACAAUUUUUUAUUGUGUGACUUCAUUUUUCUUUCUUGCUUAUUUUUCUUUUCUUUUCUUUCUUUCUUUCUUUCUUUCUUUGCUUACUUUAUUUCAUCACACCCUCUUUUUUCCUUUCUCUUCCCUUUUUUCCUUUUUUCUUUCCUUCUCCCAGCUCUCGUUUUAACUUUCCUUUUCCUUCCCUCUCCUUUCCUUCGUUCGUUCCUUCCUUCCUUUUCUUCACUUCAUACCUUCUUUCCUUUUCCUUUUCCUUCCUUUUUUUUUUUGCAUCAUUUCCUUCCUUUUAUCUUUAUUUAUUCCUCCCCUCGCCAAUUUAACUUUUCCUUCAUUAUACCUUUUUUCGUUCUUUUAUUUCUUCCUUCCUCUUCUACUGUUUUCUUCCUUCCUUUACUCUUUGACCAUAUUUCUCUCCGUUCAACCUUUCCACUUUCCCUUUCUUUCUUUCUUUCUUUCUUUCUUUCUUUCUUUCUUUCUUUUCUUUCUUUCUUACUUCAUCCCUUUCUUCUUUUGCUCAACAUCAAUUCUACUUUCUGUUCAACUUUCCCCUCUCUUCCUUCCUUCCUUCCUUCCUUCCUUCCUUCCUAA